AUGGUGGAUGUUAUUUAGGUCGGCCAGUUUAACACAGCGUGGGUUCAGUGACAUACCCAGAAAACGAUGGAGAGUAUCGUGGAUAGUUUCACCGACCUGGACACAUCACAGAAAGUACUGUAUGUUGUCGGAGGUAUUGUCGCAUCAACCGUAUCGGUCGUCGGCCUGAGGAAACUAUGUUUCAAGCAGAAGGCGAAGGAGUAUCCCCGAGAUACGGUGAUCCUUCAUCAGAUCGGUAGAGGACCUUACGCCCCCAGCAUGACGCCGUUUGCUGUGAAGCUGGAAACCUACCUCCGGAUGGCCAGGAUACCCUACCAGAACGUCCACGGGCUGAAAAUGUCAUCUAAGGGCAAGGUCCCCUGGAUUGAGUAUAAUGGGAAGGCUGUGGCGGAUUCGACAUUAUGUAUUGACUUCCUGAACGAAAAGCUGGAAGUGGACCUCCACCAGCACCUGAGUCCCCGGGACAAGGGUGCAGCUAUGGCAAUGCAGGUCAUGACGGAGGAACAUCUGUACUGGUUCCUUGCUGUAUUCCGCUACCAAUAUGACAACGACAAAACCUUUAUUAAGCAAACGUUGAAGAUAGGAUGGUUUGUUGUACGGAUUGCCAAGUAUAUGGUUGCAAAAUCAACAUGGUAUCAAGGUUUGGGUCGCCACACAGAAGAGGAAGUGACACAGAUGUUUAAGAAGGAGCUACAGGCUCUUUCUGACUUCAUGGGGGAGAGGAAGUUCCUGAUGGGAGAUGAACCUUGUGAAUCUGACUGCGCGGUGUUCGGACAACUGUCUCAGCUGUACUGGCAUUUUCUUGGAACAGGGCAUGAAAAUCUCAUCAGAGACAAAUACCCAAACCUGGCCGCCUACUGUAACCGUAUGAAGGAAACAUUCUGGCCUGACUGGGACCAGUGCAUCACUCAUGGUGGAACAAAGGAGGCAACCAAGUAAAGGGAGACAACACGGUGUGGACAUUUGCACCACAUUAAUUUUAUACCCUGUUUCUUUAGUUUUAUGAUGGGAGUCCAAAGAUACCUGGUAUAUAGAUAUAGUUCACCCGGAUUACUGACUGACCAUAAUGGAUAAUGUCUCACAUCAGCUUUAGUUCCUUCGCCUUUUCACAUGGUUAACUAUUUUCUCAUAUAUUUCUUGUUUAUCUAACCGGUGAAGGUCCGGGUUAGAAUGAACCUUCAGUAACUCAUGCUUGUCGUAAGAGGUGAUUAAUGGGAUCGGGUGGUCAGGCUCGCUGACUUGGUUGACACAUGUCAUCGGUUCCAAAUU